AUGUCAUUUCAAGAUCUUAUCCCUGUUGUUAAUAAACUUCAAGAUAUCGUUGCCACUACCCUGUUGGCAGAUAUCGAUUUGCCAAUUUUAGCAGUAGUGGGAUCACAAUCAUGUGGGAAAUCUUCUGUUUUAGAAAACAUUGUUGGUAAAGAUUUCUUACCAAGAGGUACUGGGAUUGUUACUAGAAGACCUUUAGUUUUACAAUUAAUCAACGUUAACGAAAAUGAUCCCAUUGUUACCAAAGUCCCACCAAAACCACCUGCACAAGAAGAUCAAUCGUAUUCUGAUUCUCUGGAGGAAAUUAAUUUAGAAGACCAUUUAAGAAAAAUGAAUGGCGGUAGUAAUACCAAAAACAAGAAACCACCUGCUGAAUGGGGUGAAUUUUUACAUAUUCCAAAUAAAAGAUUUUAUGAUUUCCAUGAUAUUAGAAGAGAAAUUGAAUCAGAAACUGCUAGAAUUGCUGGACAAAAUAAAGGUAUUAGUAGAUUACCUAUAAAUCUUAAAAUUUACAGUCCAAAUGUUUUAAAUUUAACUUUAGUUGAUUUGCCAGGUUUAACCAAAAUUCCUAUUGGAGAUCAACCAACUGAUAUUGAAAGACAAACUAGAAACUUGAUUUUGGAAUAUAUUUCAAAACAAAAUUGUAUAAUUUUAGCUGUUUCGCCAGCAAAUGUUGAUUUGGUUAACUCUGAAUCACUUAAAUUAGCAAGACAGGUUGAUCCUACUGGUAAACGUACUAUUGGUGUUUUAACUAAAAUUGAUUUAAUGGACCAAGGUACAAAUGCUUUAGAUAUUUUAAAAGGUAAUGUCUAUCCAUUGAAAUUGGGAUUUAUUGGUAUUGUUAAUCGUUCACAACAAGAUAUUUCUGAAAAUAAGUCAUUAGAAGAAUCAUUAUGGGCAGAACAACAAUUUUUCAUCAAUCAUCCUGCUUAUAGAAUUAUUGCUAGUAAAUGUGGUACUAAAUACUUGGCCCAAACUUUAAAUAAAAUUUUAAUGAAUCAUAUUAGAGAUAGAUUACCAGAUAUUAAAGCAAAAUUAAAUACAUUGAUUGGACAAACUGAACAGGAAUUGGCAUCUUAUGGAGAUAUUCCAGAUUUCGGCAAUUCAAAAGAAUCACAUGGAGCUACUGUACUUGCAUUAAUGACCAAAUUUGCCAAUUCAUUUGUUGGUUCUAUUGAAGGUUCAACAGUUAAUGAAAUUGCCACCAAAGAAUUGUGUGGAGGGGCAAGAAUUUAUUAUAUUUAUAAUGAAAUAUUUGGAUCACAAUUGGCGUCAAUUAAUCCAACCCAUAAUUUAUCAAUUAAUGAUAUUAGAACAGCAAUUAGAAAUUCAACUGGACCUAGACCUUCAUUAUUUGUUCCAGAAUUGGCCUUUGAUAUUUUAGUUAAACCCCAAAUUAAAUUAUUAGAAGACCCUUCCCAUAGAUGUGUUGAAUUAGUUUAUGAAGAAUUGAUGAAGAUUGUUCAUAAUGUUUGCUCAUCAGAUAUUUCAACUGAAAUGAAUAGAUAUCCUAGAUUACAAAGUAAAUUGAUUGAAGUUGUUAGUGAUUUAUUAAGAGAAAGAUUGGGUCCAACUAUUAAGUAUGUUGAAUCAUUAAUUGAAAUUAAUAAAGCUUAUAUCAACACCAAUCAUCCAAAUUUUGUUGGUGCUGCUAAAGCAAUGAGCAUUGUUGUUGCUGAACGUGAAAAACAAAAACAAAUGGAACUGAAUAGUCGUUUAAGAUUAGCAUCAAAGAGAAUAUUAGAAAAAGGUGUAGAGGAAGAAGGAGAAGGAGAAGAUGAAGAAGAGGAAGGUAAAAUACAAGAUCUUGAAGCCGAUAUUAAAUCAAUUGAUGAAGAACUUCCAAAUAGUCAUAAACGUAAUGUUUCUCAUUCAGUCAAAUCUGAAUCUUCAAACUCACACCAUCAACAACAACAACAACAACAGCAACUUAAUCAUCAAGAAUCAUAUUUGAAUUAUUUCCUUGGUAAAGAUCCAAAUGUUGUUCAUCAACAUUUACAAACACAAGCACAAUUAAAUCCAACACCAUUUAAAUUCCCACCACCACAAGAAUCAUCAUCUUUACAAUUCAAUACUAAUUAUAUUAAUGGAGGAGCAACACCAAAUAUAAAUGUGUCAUCACAUGUUAUUGUUAAUGAUUUUAAUAAUAAAAUGUCAUUAUCUGAAUCUAAUGAAUCAUCAUUUGAAAGUGAUGAAACUAUACAUGAAUUAAGUGAAAGAGAACAAAUGGAAUGUGAAUUAAUUAGAAGAUUAAUUAUUUCAUAUUUUAGUAUUGUUAGAGAAACUAUUCAAGAUCAAGUACCAAAAGCAAUCAUGUGUUUAUUGGUUAAUCAUGUUAAACAACAUAUUCAAAAUAGAUUAGUUGUUAAAUUAUAUAAUGAGAAUUUAUUUGAAGAUUUAUUAAAAGAAGAUGAAGGUAUUCAAGCUGAACGUGAAAAAUGUUUGGAAUUAUUGAAAACUUAUAGAGAAGCAUCUGAUGUUAUAAGUGAAGUAUUUUAA